AUGUGCAAGAACAGACUAGCCACUGUCCCUAUUUCCACCAAGCUGGGCACAUACCUGCAGCAGUGCGCGUACCACAAGCUGCUGAUGGACACUGGCCGAACUGGAGAUGCCUCAACCGACUGCGAGCUGGGGUCGGGCAGUCAAGGGAUGGUGGAGUACUCGCUGGACCUCCAGAACGUCAGCCUCUCUGCGAUCCGCACCGUCCGUGUUCUCCGCCCGCUGAAAGCCAUCAACCGAGUACCCAGUAUGCGGAUCCUGGUCAACCUGCUGCUCGACACGCUCCCCAUGCUGGGCAACGUCCUCCUCCUCUGCUUCUUCGUCUUCUUCAUCUUCGGCAUCAUCGGCGUGCAGCUGUGGGCCGGGCUCCUGCGCAACCGCUGCUACCUGGAGGAGAACCUCACCCUGUACAACGGCCUUGCCCUGCCUCAGUACUACCACCCCGGAAAGGACGACGAGACGCCCUUCAUCUGCUCCCUGUCCGGAGACAACGGGAUCAUGGGGUGCCAUGAGAUCCCGGCGCUGAGGGACAAUGGGCACGUCUGCUGCCUGGACAAGGACGACUAUUACUACUACGCCGCGCUGGGCCAGGAGCUCAACGUCACGGGGGGCUGCGUCAACUGGAACCGCUACUACACUGCCUGCCAGACUGGAGACAAGAACCCCCACAAGGGUGCCAUUAACUUCGACAACAUUGGCUACGCCUGGAUUGUCAUCUUUCAGGUGAUAACGCUGGAGGGCUGGGUGGAAAUCAUGUACUAUGUGAUGGACGCACACUCCUUCUACAACUUCAUCUACUUCAUCCUGCUAAUCAUAGUGGGCUCCUUCUUCAUGAUCAACCUGUGCCUAGUGGUGAUCGCCACGCAGUUCUCGGAGACCAAGCAGCGGGAACACCAGCUGAUGCAGGAGCAGCGAGCCCUCUACUUCUCCUCCAGCACGCUGGCCAGCUUCGCCGAGCCCGGCGACUGCUACGAGGAGAUCUUCCAGUACGUCUGCCACAUCCUGCGCAAGGCCAAGCGCCGCACGGCCGCCCUCUACGCCAGCCUGCACACCGCGAGCCACGGCAACCGGCAAACACACAACCUCAGCCUCUGCCACAACACCUGCGGGCACUAUCACAUAACAGAGAGCUUGGAGUACACGCCGCAUGCCAUUGUCCAGCCCAUCGCCCUGACCUUGACCUCCGACCCCAGCCAUUGCCCAGAAUGCAACAGCAGCGAGCAGGCCCCCCCUAGCAACGCCUCGGGCCUGGCGAUAACCGAGGCGGGGGAGCCGGAGCCGGCGAAGGACGCAGAGCCGGAGAAGGAGGAUGAGGAGAACUGGUGCGUGGACCUGUGGACGGAGAUGCGGAGCAAGCUGACCAACAUCGUGGAGAGCAAGUACUUCAACCGGGGGAUCAUGAUCGCAAUACUGAUCAACACCAUCAGCAUGGGCAUCGAGCACCAUGAGCAGCCAGAAGAGCUGACAAACGUCUUGGAGAUUAGUAACAUCGUGUUCACCAGCAUGUUUGCCCUGGAGAUGAUUCUCAAGCUCACUGCGUUUGGUUUCUUCAGCUACCUGAGGAACCCGUACAAUAUUUUCGACGGGAUCAUCGUCAUCAUCAGCGUGUGCGAGAUUGUGGGCCAGUCAGACGGGGGCCUCUCCGUUCUGCGCACCUUCCGUCUGCUGCGGGUGCUGAAGCUGGUGAGGUUCAUGCCCGCUCUGCGCCGACAGCUGGUGGUCCUGAUGAAGACCAUGGACAACGUCGCCACCUUCUGCAUGCUGCUGAUGCUCUUCAUCUUCAUCUUCAGCAUAUUGGGAAUGCAUAUCUUUGGCUGCAAGUUUAGCCUGAAGACCGAUGGUGGGGACACCGUUCCUGACAGGAAGAACUUUGACUCGCUCCUCUGGGCCAUCGUUACAGUCUUCCAGAUCCUGACGCAGGAGGACUGGAACGUGGUGCUUUACAAUGGGAUGGCUUCCACCUCACCUUGGGCGUCCUUGUACUUUGUCGCCUUGAUGACCUUCGGUAACUACGUCCUCUUCAACCUGUUGGUCGCCAUCUUGGUGGAGGGCUUUCAAGCAGAGGGCAACGCCAACAAGUUCGACUCCGAUGAAGAACAAACGUCGACCAACUUUGAAGACUGCGAAAAGAUGAAAGAAAUGCACUACUUGUCAGAGGUGAAGGGGUGUCCGGUGGCGAUGACCCCCAACGGCCACCUGGACCUGUCUCCCCAGAACCUGUCCAUCGGAUCGGGAAUCAUGACGUCAUCGCGGAUUUCACUGCAGCCCGAAGACUUCCGAAGCUUCACGGGCUUGAGGAAGAGCAGCAUGACCUCGCUGACCAAGGUCAACUUCGACCAGAAAUCAUUGCCCAGCCUGCGCGGCUCCCAUUACAUCCCGUGGAGCAGUCGCAGGGCCAGCUGGAACAGCAUGGGCCGGGCGUCCAGCCAGAAGCGCGCCGUCCGCUCCGGCGAGCACGGCUCCCUCCUCUCCCACAACACCCCCGGCUCCAGCCUGAUGCACCGCCGGGCCCUCUCCCUGGACACCAAGGGCUCCUGCGAUCUGCCCGAACUCCUCCUGGUGCCCAACAUGCAGCCGGCGGCGGUGGCGGCGGCAAGGAAGAACAGCCUGGCCACCGUUACCGUCGACCACCGCGGAUCCAACGGGACAGGCCCCGACACCCUCAAGGAGAUCUUCCCCAAGAUGAACAGCAGGAAAGAGAGGGGCCUCUACGAUGAAGAGAAUGACUACAGUCUCUGUUACCGAAUUCAGAAGAUGAUGGAGAUUUACAAGCCAGACUGGUGCGAGUCGCGGGCAGACUGGUCAGUCUAUCUGUUUUCCCCGCAGAAUAGAUUCCGUCUGAUGUGUCAAAUGAUCAUCGCACACAAACUCUUCGAUUACAUUGUCUUAGCCUUCAUUUUCCUCAACUGCAUCACAGUGGCGUUGGAGAGGCCGGAGAUCAGCCAGGGUAGCACAGAACGAAUCUUCCUCAGUGUUUCCAACUACUUUUUCACUGCCAUUUUCGUUGCAGAAAUGACUCUAAAGGUUGUCUCCUUGGGAUUUUACAUUGGUGACCAAGCGUACCUGAGAAGCAGCUGGAACAUUCUGGAUGGAUUCCUCGUCUUCGUGUCCCUCAUCGACAUAGUCGUGUCGCUGGCCUCUGCAGGCGGAGCCAAGAUCUUGGGCGUUCUCCGGGUCCUAAGGCUUCUCAGGACCCUUCGUCCCCUCAGGGUCAUUAGUCGAGCGCCGGGCUUGAAGCUGGUUGUCGAAACCCUCAUUUCCUCCUUGAAGCCGAUCGGGAACAUCGUACUCAUCUGCUGCGCUUUCUUCAUCAUCUUCGGGAUUCUUGGCGUGCAGCUCUUCAAAGGCAAGUUUUACUACUGCCAGGGCCAGGACACUCGCAAUGUCACCAACAGGUCAGACUGUUUGUUGGCCAACUACAAGUGGAUCCAUCACAAGUACAACUUUGACAACCUUGGACAGGCUCUGAUGUCUCUCUUUGUGCUCGCUUCGAAAGAUGGCUGGGUCAACAUCAUGUACCACGGGCUGGACGCCGUGUCCAUCGAUCAGCAGGUAACGGGAGAAAGGAAUGAAGCCCAGCGUCUGCCCUACUACGCUGCUUACUCACCAGUGCGCCUCUUCAUCCACACCUUGUUUACGAGCCACUACCUGGACCUCUUCAUCACCUUCACCAUCUGCAUCAACGUGAUCACCAUGUCCCUGGAACACUACAGCCAACCAAAGUCUCUGGAAAUCGCUCUGAAGUAUUGUAACUAUAUGUUCACCACAGUGUUUGUGCUGGAAUCAAUCAUUAAACUUGUGGCUCUGGGUCUGCGGAGGUUCUUCAAGGAAAGGUGGAACCAGCUGGAUUUGGCCAUCGUCUUGCUGUCGGUCAUGGGGAUUACACUGGAAGAGAUCGAGAUCAGUGCGGCCCUCCCCAUCAAUCCCACCAUCAUCCGCAUCAUGAGGGUGCUACGGAUCACCAGAGUGCUGAAGCUGCUGAAGAUGGCCACUGGAAUGAGAGCCCUCCUGGACACCGUAGUGCAGGCCCUGCCUCAGGUGGGGAACCUUGGACUCCUCUUCAUGUUGCUUUUCUUCAUCUACGCGGCACUGGGAGUCGAGCUGUUUGGUAAAUUGGUUUGCGACCAGGACCAUCCGUGUGAGGGGAUGAGCCGCCACGCCACCUUCGAGAACUUCGGAAUGGCGUUCCUGACGCUGUUCCAGGUGUCGACUGGAGAUAACUGGAACGGGAUCAUGAAGGAUACUCUGCGGGAGUGCUCUAACGAGGACCGGACGUGCCUCAGCAACCUGCAGCUGAUCUCGCCCCUCUACUUUGUCAGCUUCGUGCUGACGGCGCAGUUCGUGCUGAUCAACGUGGUGGUGGCCGUGCUGAUGAAGCACCUGGACGACAGCAACAAGGAGGCGCUGGAGGACGCCGAGCUGGACGCCGAGAUCGAGCUGGAGCUGGCCCAGGGCCUGUGUGGUCCAACCGCCGGGCCUUCCACCUCGCCCGCCGUCUCCACGCCCGGCGGCGGCGGCGGCGCAAAGAAGAAAGGCGAGAAACCCGAUCCAGGAAAGCACAUCUCGCCCGCACAGGAAAAUCUGUGGCUGGACAGUGUGUCCCUGAUCAUACGUGACUCCUGCGAGAACGAGCUGCUGAUGAUCGACAAUCUCUCCGGAUCCAUCUUCCACCACUACUCAUCAUCCCCCGCCUGCAGGAACUGCCAACACGACAAGCAAGAGGUCCACCUUGCAGAGAUAGAAGCCUUCUCCCUGACCUCAGACUUCCUCUCCGACAAGUCGUCGUCUGGCGUCUUGGCCGACGACCUGAGCUCUGAGGAGAGUGUACCUCAACUGGUGGCCAGGGAGGACGAGGAGAAGGAAGGAACAGACAGUCACGGCGUAACUGAGAAUGACAGCUCAAAUAUGCUAACAGUGAAGGAAACGGCGAUAUACAGAGCAGCGUCGUUGCCAGACAACAGUUAUGUUUCACAAGCCGAGAACACAACUUUGGGCCAAGUAUUUGCAGUGUCACAAGCGGGGCCCACAGAACAGAUUGCUGUCACUCCUUCCCAAGGGCCUUCUGACUCUUCUUGUCUUCAGCUUACCAUCGAGCUGUUCCACCCAGCCACAUCCUCACCCACAGCUCAAGAGUGCAACAACCAGCCUCUCAAGGUCCCUUUGUCUGGCUCCUGGAGUCCGCUGCACUCUCCAACAUUGACCUGGUCUCUACAGAGGCAGGUGGCGGUGUGUGACGCCUCGCUCAGUGACGAGUCGGUGGACAGCCUGCACACCAUGCUGGAGGACAGCCUGCACACCAUGCUGGAGGACAGCCUGCGACUCGGCGGCGGAGACGGUUCACCCCCGGCCCCGCAGCCCGUCCCCCCGGCACCCCGGAGAACCACCCCCGCCUUCCUACCUCCCCCCGGGAAGAACGGCGCCCGGCGCUGGCGGGGCCCGGGGCUCCGGAAGACCAGGGGCCACAACCGCAGUCUGAGCAGCGGCGGCAGCACCAGCCCGUACCGGGACUCCAUCGAGCCGUCGGACGAGGAAGGGGCCGCCCCCUCGCUGAGAACCAACAGCGAGCAGUCGGAGACCCUCAGCAGCCUCUCGCUCACCUCCCUCUUCUCCCCCUCGUCUCCCUCCCCGGUCAAGAAGUGCCACAGCACGGGCGCUUUGGACGCGGCCAAGCAGUUCUACCGCAUCGACCGGCGCGGCUUCUUGACCGCACCGUCCUGGGUGUCGGAGCUGUGCGGGACCGGCCACCCUGGCACCAGUCCACUACAAGGCGGGUGCCCCGACCAGGGGGCAGGGACAGAGGGCAUCGAAGAUGCACACGGGCAGGGCUGCCACGCUUCCACAGCUCAGAAGAAGAAGAGAUGA